UAAAUAUGUCAAGAAUCACAAGAGACAAAAAAGGCAGAAGAGAAAGAGGUUGGAGAAAAAAGCCAAAAAGCAACUCUCCUUUUUUUCUUUCUAAAAGCAGAGCCAAUUUCUUGAGGUUUGUUCCAAGUUAAAGAUGUUCAGAUCCAAGUCAUGCAGAGAAGAGAUCAGAAGCAGCAGCACCAAGUACCACUGCUUCAGUAAUGGAGAAAAUUCAGAAGCAGGAGCACCUAGCCCAACAAACCAGCAGCCUCCAGUGAUGAUGAGAUCUUACAGCACAUCAACUUAUAAUACAUACAAGAAUCCAACAACAAUGAAUCCAACAACAAUGGUUAGAGACGAUUCCAACAGUAAGUACUCGAAAAGAAGCAAUAAGUUGAAGAAGAAAGCGUUAAAGGGUCUGUGUGAGGCAGAGAUUCAGAGGAAGAAGAGAGUGGCUGCUUAUAAUGUGUACGGUGUUGAAGGAAGAGUGAAGGGAUCUAUGAAGAAGAGCUUCAAAUGGUUCAAAGAGACUUGUUCAAAUGCUGUUUAUGGUUUGUGGUGAUCCAAUCACAAAUCUUCUUCUCUUUUUCCCAUUGAUCGUGUCUGUUUUCAUUCUUGUUCACCGUACGAUGACUGUUGUAUCAACAAAAGAUUCAAGCUGAAUCAUUAAGCUAUGAUAAAUACGAAUAUAGGCCUUAAUUGCAUUUACCAUAUGCUUCUCACUCGUAGACAUCAAGAAUGACGUAACCUGCAGCUCUCAGGUCAUCUCAGGACUCAACUUGACAUAUGACAUAUCUGAAGCUUCAACUCUCAUGUCCUUUUUAAGGCAAAGCAAAACAGUACAAUUAUUGCUUCCGUACAUCAAUUAUAAACUCCUUUCACUAUUUUUACCAACAAAAAUGACCAUGUAUUUAACCACACAAUAUGCUGGAACAUGAAAAGAUUAUAAUAUUAUAAGAAAAAAAACCCUUCUUUUGUAUGUUUUCUCUUGCAGCAUCAGGAAUACACUUUACCACUUUAAAUCCCUUUGACGCACAAAAGAUAUAAACUUUGCAGAACCAAACAAUAAUAAAAA